UGGGGCGGGGGGCAGCGGCCCGCCCCGGGGCCGGCUCAGCGCAGCCGCCGGCUCCGCCCCGCGGGGCCGGGAGCAGAGCCAGGGCCAUAUCGGCGCGGGCAGGGAGCGCGGCGCCGGGCUGAGCCCCGCAGGUCCCAUAAGUGAAAGAAGAUGGGGUCUGGCUGCCUAAAAGUCACCAAGUACUUCCUCUUCCUCUUCAAUCUCCUGUUCCUUAUCCUGGGUGCUGUGAUCCUGGGGUUUGGAAUAUGGAUUCUGGCCGACAAAACCAGUUUCAUUGCGGUUCUACAAAUGUCAUCUCCCUCCCUGAAGACUGGUGCAUACAUCCUCAUUGGUGUUGGGGCUCUCACCAUGCUGAUGGGGUUCCUGGGCUGUCUUGGAGCAGUCAAUGAAAUUCGAUGUCUCUUGGGUCUGUACUUCACCUGCCUGAUGGUAAUCCUCAUAACUCAGGUUGCUGCUGGACUGGUCAUCUACUUCCAGAAAGAAACACUGAAAGAAGAGCUGUCCCACAUAGUUGGAAGUCUGAUUGAAAAGUAUGACCCUUUGAAUGAGGAUGAGAGGAACUUACAAGAUGCAUGGGACUAUGUGCAAACACAGAUCGCCUGUUGUGGCUGGACUGGAGCAAAGGACUGGGAAAAUAAUGUGAUUCUUAUCAACCAAAGCAUGACUGCGUAUCCCUGCUCCUGCUCCAAUAGCUCCAAGGACUUCCAGGUAGAUAGCGGUUUUUGUAAUCUGGACGGCUCUGUCAAUGGCACUGCAACGUCUGCUGAGUGGCCUGUUCAUGAGCAGGGAUGCAUGGAUGGUGUAGAGAAAUGGUUGAAGGACAACCUUGGUGUCAUUCUUGGAGUCUGCACUGGUGUUGCUGUUAUAGAGCUGCUGGGGAUGAUACUGUCCAUUUCACUUUGCAAGAACAUACACAGCGAAGACUACACCAAAGUGCCCAAGUCUUGAGUUGGCUGACUCCAGAGCUACGGCACCACAGAGAAAGGAGCAAACAGAACAUCCCUGUCUCAUACCCAGACUGUCCAACCAUUGACCAUUAUUCCUGUGACAUCCCAUUUCUGACACAACUCUGCUAAGAACUAUUAGAGCUGCAAUACAGCCUGAUUUUCUGGCAAUAGGGCCCUUGAGCCACUUGCAUCCUGCCUCUGGAUUGUUUCUACUUCAAGAGCAGAACUUGACUAUCUCGUAUCACAUGAGACACUGUUUAACCCAAGGGGACAAUACUUUUGCUGCCUGCUCCAUGUUAAUACUAUCCGUAUCUCCAUUCUACAACCCACUGCGCCUAACAUACAAUAACUCCUUUCCCACCUCGUUCUCCUCCCACAUAUCUUUCCCCCUAUCCCCAGAAGUCCCAUCUGUGUCCCAUGAGCCAGGAUGGCUGUUGAGACGCCAGUGCUUUGGUUGCUUUGUCUACUUCACUGACUUGUGGCAGUAACUAGUUAUGCUUUAUAGGCCUUCUCUUACCUUGCUGCAGUUAACCUGAUUCUGCUCCCACUAUGCAUUUUCUAGCCUAGGCUGUCAUCUGAACUAUGGAGUGCUACCCUCAUACUUGUUUCUCCUGCUUCUGGAGUCAGCUACACAUUGUCUUCAGCAGAGUUCUUCCCUUUAAGUGUGGUGAGAAGCUGCCAGGAGGGAGCCAAGCCUACGUGUUCUUAGUGUGGCAUGGGAGAUUGUGGUGGUAGUGCUCAGCUGCUUCUGGAAUGGGUCCCUUGGGUUCUGGAUUUAACACUUACAUGUUUCUCCCACUUGCCUCUUUACCUUUUCCUCUUCCCCCCUAGCACUGCUACGCUGACUCCUGUCAGCUUGGAAGCACUUCAGAGACUGCUGCAUAGUGUGGACCCAGCCCCAGGCUGUCUCUGCUGGUUGCAUUCUUGGGUUGCCAACUUUUAUAGAGGUUACAAUUCACUUGAUUCUUCCGCUGCCCCUUUUACAAAUGUAAAAUUUGUUAGCUGUGGGUUUUAAUUAUGAAUAUGGAGGGAUCUGACUGGAUUGCUGUAGCUGUAUAUUGGAGAUAGCACUGCUACCAGUGCCCAGGUUAGGUUCUGUAGUUUGGAUGCAAAGAUAAGCUGCUUCUGACUCCACUGUGGACUGGAGCCCUGACUGCAUCCUGAGCUCUGUCUCAAGUACAAGUGCUGCAGCAGAUAAGUAGCUGGUUCUGCAGUCGUGCAGGUGAGUGGUUUCUGUACUUAAUGGCUGGGCUGUUUGCUCUAUUCAGCCAGCAGCAAGGGGUGGUGUAGGGCAGAAGUAGGAAACUUAUGUGAAAAACUGCCCCAUCUUCUUGGAUAAGGGAUCUCUGUGCAAAUCCUCAGUCUUAGAGGUGGCUUGGGCACAACAGAUUUCCUGCAGAAUCACCGUGACAGCAGGAAGUUGUAUGAGAGCAAAGUGGAUGGUCCUUGCCUGAGACCUGAUACGAGGUACUUGGUGAGAGAGCCUUUGCCUUACAGAGGUGGUCCCAGGACUGUCUGUUGUCAGGGGUGGAGUUGUAGAAAUAAUCCUAGUAGCAGUUCCAAGGGAUGGCUUCACUACCUGCUCAGUUUUCCUUCUGGGAACAAAGGCUUGCAUAGGGGACCAGGGCUCCAGCAGUGGAUCCCUGUUCUGUCCUGAUCUGUGGACACAGCAGUGAUUAGGGAGAGUAGAUGUGACUGGGCAACUGGUUUUUAUGGAGGUCUGAUAAGGCUUUCCUGUUCUGAGACACCUGCACGCUCCUGCACAGAUCCUUCAAGCUGACCUUUGCUAUAGCGGAAGGCACCCUUCUUAGCAGUAAAGCUUGCUAGCUUUUGUAGCACAGUCUAUUCUCUAACGUGUUCUUAUUUGUAAGAUUCUUGUUCAGUUACAGACGCCAAUGCUGAGCAGCAAGUAAAAAGGAGCCAGUGCUGGGUUUCCUUUUUGUUUUUUGUCUGGUUUUGGCAACAUCUUCCUACUGGAAGAAAUGCAUGUACAGAUAUAAAAGUCUAGAAGGUGAAUAUUUCUGUAAUAAAGACUUUGCUAAAAAAAGAUA